CUCUUCAGGGGUCCAUUCUCACAUCAAACUGGGACAUACACUGCGUAGAUUCUAGGUAGAAUCGCAAGUCAAUUAUUGUUUAUUUUUAAGCGAUCAUCACCUUAACUGUGGUCGCAGGUACCUCCCGGCUACUCCUUCUUCUCGUAUCUGCAUUUGGGGUUGGGCGUGGGCAGGAAAGCAGCUUCCACCAGCAGACAAGAUGCCAGACCAGGUGUCGGUACUGUUCGUCUGUCUGGGCAAUAUUUGCCGGUCAACCAUGGCCGAGGGUGUCUUCCAGUCCAUGACUUCAAAGGCUCCAUACAAUGGUCUUGUUAGCAGGGUCGACUCCUGCGGAACAGCCGCGUAUCAUACUGGUGAGGAGCCCGAUGACCGGACCAUGUCGACACUCGAACGGCACGGAAUCACGGACUAUGUACACGCUGCGCGCAAACUGCGAUCGUCCGACUUCGACGAGUUCGACUACGUCUUCGCCAUGGACAGGUCGAACCUGAGCGAUCUGCAGCGAGAAGCGAGGAAGAAACCGAACGGCAAGGCCAAGGUGAUGCUGUUCGGCGAGUACUCCGGGUCGGGCAAGGCGGAAGUCGUCAAUGACCCCUACUAUGGGGGGCGUGACGGGUUUGAGAAGGCGUAUGAGCAGGCAACGCGGUUCUCUAAGAACUUCUUGAACGACGUCUUUCCAGACGUGCAGGCCGAAUGAGCACCGAACAGCUUGGACUUUCCAGUUGAGGGCUCCCAUAUUGCAUAACUGCAGAGUAGUGUGCCUUCUAUAGCCACCGACGUGUUCACUGCCUCCUAAACAUACUAUAUAACUUCACGUGGAUCCAAGAUGAUCCUAGUCAAAGCACUGGCCAUUCUCCAGCCUCAUGUUAUAGCUUCAAAGUUUCCACAGUCUCAAGACAGUUUCCUAGCAUACUGCAUCACCCCAAUCAAAAGGAUAGUCAAACCUGUCAGGAUAAUGUAGGCCAGAUCAAUGCAUUUGGAGCAGCCUGCCCAAUCG